CAGCGCUUUGCGUUCCGUUACGAUAAAAAAACAUCAGCAGUAACAGAGACUCGACUCUUGAAGCCCGUCCUUGGAGAAACAUGGCUAACAAUGCGUCUCUUGAGCAGGACCAAAAUCACUGCUCAGCCAUCAACAACAGCAUCCCCCUGACACAGGGCAAGCUCCCGACUCUAACCUUAUCUGGAAAGAUCCGAGUGACGGUGACUUUCUUCCUUUUCCUACUCUCUACUGCCUUCAAUGCCUCUUUCUUGGUAAAGCUGCAGAAGUGGACCCAGAAGAGGAAGAAAGGAAAAAAGCUCUCAAGGAUGAAGGUGCUUUUAAAGCAUUUGACCUUAGCCAACCUCCUGGAGACUCUAAUCGUCAUGCCGCUGGAUGGGAUGUGGAAUAUCACCGUGCAGUGGUACGCUGGAGAGUUCCUUUGCAAAGUUCUCAGCUAUCUGAAGCUCUUCUCGAUGUAUGCCCCAGCCUUCAUGAUGGUGGUGAUUAGCCUGGACCGCUCCCUGGCCGUCACUCAGCCCUUUGCUGUCCAAAGCAACAGCAAGCUUGAACGGUCUAUGAUCAGCCUCGCCUGGAUUCUCAGCAUUGUCUUUGCGGGACCACAGUUAUAUAUCUUCAGGAUGAUCUACCUAGCCGACGGCUCUGGGCCAGCGGUUUUCUCGCAAUGUGUGACCCACUGCAGCUUUCCGCAAUGGUGGCAUGAAGCCUUCUACAACUUUUUCACCUUCAGCUGCCUCUUCAUCAUCCCUCUUCUCAUCAUGCUAAUCUGCAAUGCCAAAAUCAUCUUUGCCCUCACACGAGUCCUUCAUCAAGACCCACGCAAACUACAGCUGAAUCAAUCCAAGAAUAAUAUCCCAAGAGCUCGACUGAGAACUCUAAAGAUGACAGUGGCAUUUGCCACCUCCUUUGUCAUCUGCUGGACUCCCUACUACGUCCUAGGAAUCUGGUACUGGUUUGAUCCGGAAAUGUUAAACAGGGUGUCAGAGCCAGUCAACCACUUCUUCUUUCUCUUUGCUUUUCUAAACCCGUGCUUCGACCCACUUAUAUAUGGGUAUUUCUCUUUGUAAUUGGGAGACUGCCCAAGCACUCGUGCUGAAACCCAUACACGGGAUAACUUAUGUCACCGGUUGAGAAUAAGCUCAAAGCUUGCAACACACCUAUGUGCAAGCAAGGUAGGGUUCGGGUUCAGGUUAGCAGCCUUGUCCGUGUACAGAGUUUGUUGUUAGAGCUUUGGAAGGCCUUCCAAAAUAACUGAAAUCUGUCCUUAAUCAGAAGCUUCUAAACUAGCCUCAGCCUUGCCUCAUGAUUUAUUGCCUCCCAUUUGGGAUUCUUUACUUCCUCCUUACAUAAUAAUGUAUAGAUACUUUAAAUGACUACAUCCUAAGGUAAAAAGUACCAAAAAGUAAGGCCAGGAAAGCCCAACAUAUUCACAACAUCAGCUUAGUUUGGGGAGUUGGUUGUUUUUUUGUUUUUUGUUUUUUUUCUCAAAGGGGGCUGAGCAUCCAUAACACCCCUAUCCCAACACCUAGAGCCCACAGAGAGCAGAAUCGCUGCCCCAAACCAGAUGCUGCUCCAAGACCUAAAGCCCAGAGACAGAAGGAUCCCUGUCCAGAGGUUAGCAGGAAAUAUUGACUGACACUAUCCCAGCCUAAGGCACAGAGGCAGGAGACUCCCUCACUGCCCAUAGGCCAGCAGCAGUAGCAGCUGAUGUUAUCUAUCCCGGCCUAGAGCACAGACAGAAGAGAAUCACUGACCAUGGGUCAAAUUUUAACUGCAAUGACUAAAAGACUUAAUUUUCUCUUUUACUUUAAAAGCCUUUCUGAUUCUUAUUCAGCAACAAAUCCCACCAGCCCAGCCGGAUUAUUUACAUGAUACAAAUUAAUCCCAUUUACAUGCUACAUUGUGACACAUCCCUACAUAGUGGGGGUAUUCAAAAGGGAUAGUUUUUUUUUCAUGGGCUGUUAGAAUAUUUCACAGACUAUACGACAUGUGUGGUUUAUGUCAACUGACUGCCAUGAAUAGUGGUUUAAUAUAAUUCAGAAAAUGCCUAUAGUAAUUAUCUUGCAAGCAUAAUAUACAAUCCACUUUAACAAUAUGGUGGAACGUUUGUCUAUCUCAGCCUGCCGAGUCAUGCCCCACAGAUAAAUGAGGAAAGUCAAUAAAAACAGUAAGCAAAUAUACAAACAAAAAAGAGGGGCUUUGAUGUAUUAAAGGAGCUCAAGGCAGGAAGCCAUACAAUUUCCCCUAUACAGACCAAAUACAACAGCACAGAAUACUAGGGAGGAGAAAAGUAAAACUGUACAUGUGAAA